CUGCUUUUAAAAUGGCCUCUGAGGACCUCUGCUUUAGUUACACGGUGCCGGGCUCGAACGAGAAGCACAGGAGGGCUCGUAACUGGACGGAUUCUGAGAUGAAAGCUCUUGUGUACAUUUGGGAAGAGUAUGUGACAGAGCUAAAGAAGGCUAAGCGCAAUGCUAAGAUCUACGAGACAAUGGCUAAGCAACUUUACGAAUUAACUGGCGAACAGAGACACAGGGAAGAGAUUAAGAUGAAGAUUACCAACAUGACUUUCCAGUUCAGGCAACUGAAGUACACAGCAAAUGGAAGCAAUGCUACACCUGACUGGCCGUACUACAAAUCUAUUGAGAGGAUCUUGUCAAAGGUACCAGACCAUGCCCAUAUGAGCCCACCGAACCUCUCGACGUCUGGCCCGUCCACUUCUCAACUCGAGACUUCUGUGCCCCAGUCAGCUCCGCCAAGUGGGUUUCUACCCGAGUACACUGGUUCCUCAGAGGAGAGAGAAAUCAACGAUGAGGAGGAAGGCCUAACAGAGAACUCAGAGAGUUCUUUUGAGACCAGGUCCCAGCCACAUAAGAGGAGGAGGCUUUCGCAUGUGUCACUGCGCCGAAAGAAGCUGCGUGUCCUGGAUGCAAUGCUGCAGGAGCAACGCAGGAUAAGCCGCGCUGUUGAGGAGGCAUGUCACGAAGUUCGCCGCGUUAUGCAUCAGCAGAACUUCCUGCAGGUGCAGAGCCUCCAGCUUCAGGAGCGAAUGAUGAACCUUCUGGAGAAGAUGAUUCCUGCUUCGUCUGCCCCUUCUUGGCCUAACCCACCAGUCUCAAAGGGUUUAGGAACACCUACAACUGAGUGACAGGACCUCAGAUACGGGAUAUGGACCUUUUUUGUCUGAGAAAGUGUUGCUAUAUGCUAUCUAAGUAUAAAAGUUAUAACCAACUAGUUAGCUGUACAUUUUAGACCUGUUUAGGCACUGUUUAGUCUUCUACAAUAAAUAUGUUAUUCGAAAAUGUUGACAGAUGUAACCUACACAAAAAAAUCACUAUUUAUCUCAUUCAAACUAUCUGAAUCAAAAUGUUGUUCUCAAAAGUUAAAUGGUGAUUGUUAUGUGACACAAAAUGUGCUGUUUAUGAUAUCUGAUUUAUUUGAUUUCUAAAUUGAUGUGUUAGUUGCUAGGAAUCUUGGAUUCUUGGCUAAUUAUGUAGACAAUGUAAUGUCAGUCACGGUUGACUGGCAUCAAAAAGAUUUCAGAUUUCUUUUAAGGCAUCCUUUAAAAAGAUGUUCAGGUCAGACAGAUAACACUAAAUGGUUGGUGAUAAUGUAAACUGAAUUAGGCUGACAAGGAUUCAAAAUGGUAGAGGACAAGCUUAGUCUAGUUAGCAGUAUUACAGUUCAGUGUUACGGUGUUAUAGCAUAGCACAAUUUAGCAAAAUUACUAAAUGUUACAAAAUGCAGUUGUUUUGGUAGCAGUUUAUAUGCUGACACUCAUAUUUAGCUUAGAUCUGUUCAAAUAAACAAAAAUAGGAAAAAAAUGCUAUUCGCAUAAAAUGAGUACAAUACACCCCUUUAUGAAUUUCUGAAUUAAACGUAAUUUUGAUAUUUUUGUGUCAAAAGUGUCUAGGUGGUCCAACUGUCCGAAGAUUGUAAAAGAGAAAAAAGUGUCAUUAAAAAGUUGAAAUUCUUGAGGGGGGAAAAACAAAUAAAUAAAUAUAAAAAACAAAUUAUUUAUUUAUUGGUAUCAAUUGUCUGUCAAAUUAAAGUUAGUGACUGAACUUAAAAUAGUACGGCAGUACCAUUUCUGCAAUAUUUUUAAGAACUUGGCACGUGAGUUUUUCAAAUCUCCUUUUUAUCAUCUCAGACUAUCCUUAUCUGUCACUUAACCUUAAAGACUCCCAAAAGUAGCCAGAUAGAUUGAACCUGACUUGCACCCAAACAUUAUAAUGGUUAAUGCACCACCACAUGCUCUUUAAUUCUUCUUAAUGUUCAGGCAAGAUAGUUAAUCCUUUCUGCUGUGCCUUAAAUUGUGCACAUGGUAAUUAAUAGCAACAAACAAAUAUGUACAAUGUGUACAAAUAUGUGUACAAAUAUGAAUUUGAUCACCUCUCUUCUUUGCCUGUGAUGAACUGGCCUGUCAGGGCUUCAUGAAAGCUAGCAGUUGAUAAGAAGA